UAAUCCCCAUCGCUCAUCAGAACAUAAUCAUAAUUGACUAUGACCGUAUUAUUUUCCAAAUCUCAAACAUAUACUCCUUCGAAAUUUACAAAGAUAUUCACAUUCAAACAGUGGGACAAUAAGGAGCUUAUAUUCCAGUAUUUGUCUGGAAGAGUCCCUGUCAGCAAUUGCCAUUUUCAUUUCUGCAAUUUUUGACGACAGACCCCAUUUUCCGUGUUUUUUGUUUUGUGGGUUCAAAGUUCCAAGAACUGGAAGAAGCUUCCAAUUUUUGUGAGUUCAUCAGAAUCUGGUUGCUUUCUGUACUCUCCAAAUUUGCUGAUGAUGGCUGUGCUGAGAAUUUUGAGAGGGGGAUAAGGAAAGGUGAUGAAUCCUGUGGGAUUGUAAGAACAUCUGUUGUCUGUUCUAUGGCCCUUUUGUGACGGGUUCUUUUUUGCAUGUUGCUUUUGGAUAUUGUAAAGAGCACUCAAGAAAAGUGAUUGUGCGUGUGAAAAGGGUUAUUGUGAUUUUGUGUAUCUGAAAUCGAAGUGUGAGAUUUGGGCCUUUUGUUUUCUUUACUUUUCUCUUUUUUUUUAAGUUUGAGUUCCUGUUUAUGGUGUUAACGCUGGGAUUUUUUUUAGUAAAAUCUUCAGUGAUUUUAGGAUUGUGGGUUUUGCUGUAAGAGAAAUUAUAUGAUCCGGGUUGACUGGGUCUUUCUUCUUCUGAUUUCAGUUGAUGUGGGUGAUUGAGAUCUUUUGUUUGCUGAAAGAUAGGUGAGAUUUGAGCAAUUAGGAUAGUAUUGAACUGGAGUUGAUUACUGGGGUCUGUCCAAGAUUUGAUUUUCGGGCAUUACCGCGUUGGUUUUAGGUGAAUUUCAUCAAAGAUUGAAUCUUUGUGCAAUUUGGGAUGUACUUAGUUGAUUUUUGGAAAGUAUGAAAGUGAUUUAAAGCAUUGAUGAACUGUUUGAGACGAAUCUUGGUCUGGGAAGAAGUUUUGAUGUUCUCAGUACUGUGAUUGUUGAAGAAGUAAACGGUAUCUCGGUGCAUUGUGAGUUUGGGGUGGAUUUCUUGUAUACGCACAUGGAAGUUUAAUUAGAUGUGCUGGUGUUUUGGUAGAAAUGGUAAAAGUGGAUUGAUUUAGCGGCUUGUGUGAUGUCAUCUACAUCUCCAUCCCCAAAUUCUCCGGUUGCUGCUUCCCCACCAUCUUCCUCCAACUCUCCACCAACCCAGUCUUCUUCUCCGCCUCCUAAUCUAUCAAAUUCUUCCCCACCUGACCCUCCUAGUGCACCCCCACCAGACCCUCCCAGCACGCCACCACCAGACCCUCCUAAUGCACCACCACCUCAGCUGAAUUCUCCUCCACCGCAACCUCCUAGUGCACCUCCACCUCAGCUUAAUUCUCCUCCGCCCACCGUCACACCACCACAACAAUCCCCUCCCUCCACCAGUGCACCACCACCUCCUUCUAUGGAUUCUCCGCCACCUUCAUCCUCGCCACCUCCUCCAGUCAAUGUACCACCGCCAUCUGUAAGUCCGCCUCCUCAACCAUCUAGUCCACCUCCAACAUCAUCUCCGCCUCCACCUGAUCCACCAGCUACCUCAACCCCACCCCCUCCACCAUCUGAUCCUCCUAGUUCACCUCCUUCACCUUCAACUAGUCCACCUCCACCCCCACCACCUAUAGCCCCCAGAAGUCCACCUCCACCUCCGUCGUUGCCGCCAAGUAGUGCCCCACCUCCGCCAACUAGGGGACCACCAGAGAAUUCACCUCCACCGCCACAGCCUCCAGCUAAUUCACCACCACCACCGUCACCUAGGCCGCCUGAAAGUUCCCCUCCACCACCACUUGUGCCACCCCCUAACCCUGCCACACCUCCUGCCCCUCAUUCUCCGCCAUCAUCUCCACCAUCUUCAAAUACUCCUCCAAGAUCACCACCGCCACCUGCAAUACGAAUUUCACCACCUCCUCCCUCCAUCAUCUCUCCACCACCACAUUCUCCUCCUUCACCAUCCCUAGCUCCACCAGGUAAUAAAAGCACCAAUACAUCUAGUGGAGUACCAGAAAGUUCACAAUCCACAAAUGGUGGAGGUAUUGGUACUGGAGGCAUAGUGGCAAUCGUUGUGAUAGUUGGUUUCCUAUUGCUCGGUAUAUUUGGAAUUGCAGCUUGCUGUGUGUGGAAGCGAAAGAAAAAGGCUUCUGGACAUAGUGGUGGUAUUUUGCCAACCUCUAUUGGUUCUUCUCCACAAUCAGAUUCUGGCUUACUAAAAGUGCACAUAUCAAGACCCAAUGAUGGGAAUGGCUCUGGCAAUGGUAUUACCUAUUCACCCCGUGACCCUGGUGGCUUGGGCAACUCAAGGUCGUGGUUCCCCUAUGAUGAACUAGUUGAUGCCACCAAUGGAUUUUCAUCCCAAAAUCUCUUAGGUGCCGGCGGGUUUGGUUCUGUGUACAAAGGACGUCUUGCAGAUGGUAGAGAAGUAGCGGUUAAGCAGUUAAAGAUUGGUGGAGGGCAGGGAGAUCGAGAAUUCAGAUCUGAAGUCGAGAUAAUAAGUCGUGUACAUCAUCGCCAUUUGGUUUCACUUGUAGGUUAUUGCAUUUCUGAGGACAAAAGGCUGCUUGUAUAUGAUUAUCUCCCCAAUAAUACCCUCUACUUCCAUCUUCAUGGUGAAGGGAGGCCUGUUAUGGAUUGGGCUACACGUGUAAGGAUCGCUGUUGGUGCAGCUAGAGGAAUAGCUUACCUGCACGAAGACUGCCAUCCUCGUAUUAUCCACCGAGAUAUCAAAUCAUCAAACAUACUUCUAGACAGCAACUUUGAAGCUAGGGUUUCCGAUUUUGGACUUGCUAAAUUAGCUAUGGAUGCAAAUACACAUAUCACCACACGCGUAAUGGGGACCUUUGGAUACAUGGCUCCUGAGUAUGCAUCCAGUGGCAAGUUGACUGAAAAGUCCGACGUGUACUCAUUCGGAGUUGUGCUUUUGGAGUUGGUAACUGGACGCAAGCCUGUAGAUACAUCUCAGCCGCUAGGGGAUGAGAGCCUAGUUGAGUGGGCCCGACCUUUAUUAAGCCAUGCCCUUGAGACGGAGGACUUCAGUGGAUUAGCAGAUCCAAGGCUUGAAGGAAAUUAUGUUGGAGGUGAGAUGUUCCGACUAAUUGAAGCCGCAGCAGCUUGCGUACGCCAUUCAUCCAUGAAGAGACCCACGAUGGGACAGGUUGUGAGGGCUUUUGACAGUAUGGCUGCCUCAGAUUUGACAAACGGAAUGAAAGUCGGGGAAAGUGAAAUAUUUAACUCUGCACAACAAUCUGCAGAAAUCAGAUUAUUCCGGAGGAUGGCAUUUGGUAGUCAGGAUUACAGUACUGAUUUUUUCAGUCAAAAUAGCUGGAGCAGCAAUGGCAACCCGGAACACAGUCGGAGAGAUUAAUUCAUUGAUCUCCAAACGGUUUCUUUAACCAAGCUGAAUAUAUUGAUGUAAAUGAAAUGGCAACUCAAGCUGGGAGGUAUUGCUACACCUAACCUAGACUGAGUUAAGUUUUCUUGAGAUGGUCGUUUACAGCUUAUAUAUUAUGUGCUUUCUAUUUGUAGGGCAAUUUUUUCCUGUAAAUAGAGGCAAAUUUUUGUUCUGAUUAGUAUAUAUUUCUAAUAAAGCUUGUUCAGUUUUGCUCUUCAA